CCUGCAGAGUGGAAAAGGGUGAGAUCACGCAGUGGCUUACCUUGUGGCAGUUUUUGUGUAUAUGCUUCGGCAGUACUUUGCGUGCUUGUUAAUUUUAAAACAGUAUUUUGUGCAAACAUAAUUAUUUUCAGCGGUGCAUAUUUUAAAUAUGUCAGCAGUUUAUAUAGCAGUAGAAAUAUUUAUGUGGUUCUGUUUAUGCAUGUCGCUUGUACUGCAUAAUAUUUAAUAUACUGUGUUUUUACUAGUUAAAUUGCAGUUUAAUUGUGCAUUUCACUGCCAGUAAUGAAUGUAUAAACAACAUCUUUUAACCGACCCAAAAUGUGUCUUAACUACUGUGUCGUGUUCAAGCGAUGUAGAUAUUGUCACCUAAUCUAAAAAAAUCUCACCCUUAAAUAGGGCACAUACUGUCACCAGAAACAGAACUCUAUCUCUCCUUUGCAAAUAAACUGGGUAGUUAUACAAUUUUAUUUCACAGUUUGGAUUCGCUGUUUAGAAAACAAAUGCACCAACACUUAGACUUUAGCGGUUUGCACUAAAAUCUGGUAUGUGACAUUUUUCAUAAUUUUGUAGUCGUUCUCGUUUUAAUAAAUAGUCCUUCAUGCUGGGAAUAACUGAAACGAGAAUAAGUUGUAUAUUAUAACUGAGGACAGUUGCCAUUUUAGGUGCCACUUUUGACUUUGCAGAUCUCAGCACAUAUUGACUACAUGAGUCACGUGGAAGGGAGUGGGUGGGUAACAAUGAAGAAUCUUAAGUUAAUAAUAAGUUGACAAUGACAAUACGCAAGAAGUUUAUUAUAAAUGCACAAUGCAUUUAUCAAAAUCCAUGCAAUCAUCAUUCCAAACAUAGUCGGAAUUACAUACAAAAAUGUUUCGGUUUCAGUGCUGUUCUUUGCCUGGCAGGUACUGCAACGCGAGGAUUUGAUGGUGUUACUGCCUCCACAUUGGUAUUUCGGUUCCAGUGAAGUCUCAUUUUAAACAUUUUACUCUUUGGUUCUUUUGUAUAUCCCAACAUCGGUAGUUUCUGCAUUAAGCGUGAUCGUUCUAGCCUUGUCUCGCUGUGGAUCUUCCAUUUGCCAGAAUUGCUGUUUAGCCUGCUUUGUGUCUGACGGACCCUUUAAAUAUGAGUUGUAGACAGGGAUGGAUAAGUACGCAUUCACCUUUCAAAAUGAUACGUGCGACAAUCGAUCAUUUGUAAAAGCCAAAAUGCAUACUUAUUUUAUAUGCAUUUGCGCUGCUAUGCAUUUUAAUCUUUAUAUGCUUACUCUACUUCAUUUGCGGUAUACAGGUUAAAAUGCAAGUUAUUUUCUUGUUAUAGCAGCGCAAAUACACUUAAAAUAACUAUACGCAUUUGCGAUUUUACAAACAAUCGAUUGUCGCAGGUAUCGUUUUAGAUGAGUGUGUACUUGCGUACCAAUUAUGUUCAUCAUUGGUUAUAGAAAUCGGUUGCCUGGCAGUGACAGUGACAAGUUUGGCGGAAUUAAGUGACAGCAGAGCAUAAAGUAGUAAUGACAGACGCAGCAGACAACAAGACAGGAUGCGCAAGUUACAAAAAUGUCUUUGAUAAGCACAUACAGCAUACAUAUAAAACACACAGCACCGAUUUGCUGCAUAUUUCCCAGUCUGACAACUCUUACCUACAUUUGUUACUAAUCAUGUAAAUAGAAAAGACAUCAUGAUUAAAUGCUUUACCCGUCAUUUACGGCUAUAAUUAACCAAUCUGCCGUGUAUGGCAAGUCAUAGUUAGGGAUAACAGGAUGGCUCGAGUUGGUAAACAUGAUGCAUUUAAUCCUCCGGCCCACGGGGUGGCGAAAGUGAGCGAUGCUCCUAGACCGAAUGGAAGUCGAAAUGAUCAGUGCAGUCAUUUUCUUUCGGGCAGCUGGGAUAGAAAGGAGACGGAUGUGGAUCGCAGUUAUAGCAUCGGGUUCUGGGGGCUGUUGCAAUGUCGGGGGCUUUGGCCAGACUGCUGUUUUAUCCUACUCUUGGCUACAAUGUCGUUAUGGAGAAAGUAUCAUCCAGAAGGUGGUUUGACCGUGUGGAUAAUACUGUAAUUCUCGGAGCGCUUCCCUUUAAAUCAAUGACAGCUGAGUUGGUACAGACAGAAAAUGUCCGUGGGGUGAUCACUAUGAAUGAAGAAUAUGAAACUAAAUAUUUCUGCAACUCAGCUGAGGAGUGGCGAUCAGUCGGUGUUGAACAGCUUCGCCUCAGUACAGUGGAUCUGACUGGGGUGCCCAGUCUACCGAACUUGCACAAGGGGGUGGAUUUUGUGUUUCAGCACAGGGAGGAAGGAACCAGUGUGUACAUCCACUGCAAAGCUGGCCGCUCUCGAAGCGCAACGUUAGUUGCAGCUUACCUCAUCCGGCUACACAAGUGGAGUCCUGAGGAGGCUUGUGGGAUGCUGCGAUCUAUCCGUCCACACGUACUGAUCCACAGUACUCAGAUGGAGGUCCUGUGGCAGUACCACAGGCAGGUCUGUGCAGGCUGAUCAUGCCAUACGACACACAGAUCCCCGGAGUCAUGCAGUGGCAGAAAUGUUCACAGAAUGAAAAGCUGUCAUAGGCAAAUACCACACUGUGGCCUGAAAAUAUGUGCAAUUUAGAGACUGACUGUAAAUUGCAAGUCGCCUAACAUAGUUUUUGUGCCAUUUUCAGAGCAAUUUAAAUUCAUUAUGAGAUCCAGGGUUAGAUCAAAUUGCAUAACUGCAGUGGCAUAGCUGUCUCAACUAAGUAAAAUUGCUGAAACCUGCUUUUUAUUGUGAGAAUGUUCACAUAAAUUUGAUUCAUAUUUAACUGAAUGGGUAAGUGUUUGUUUUGUUCAUGCAGGCCCGUUGAAUUCCUUUUGGAUUUUCACAUCGCGGUUUUAGCUACUUCUGUGGAAUCCCCAGGCGUUCUGCUGAUUGCUUUGUGUGAAUCAGUAGCAUCAGAGUAAUAACAAUAUUUUAAUAAGUGACAUAGGACCCUAGGGGCAGCAUGGUGGUGCAGUGGUUAGCACUGUUGCCUCACAGCUCUGGGACCCAGGUUCGAGUCUCCGCCUGGGUCACGUGUGCGGAGUUUGCAUGUUUCUCCCCAUGCCGUCGUGGGGUUUUCUCCGGGUACUCCGGUUUCCCCCACAGUCCAAAAACAUGCUGAGGCUAAUUGGAGUUGCUAAAUUGCCCGUAGGUGUGCAUGUGUGAGUGAAUGGUGUGUGAGUGUGCCCUGCGAUGGGCUGGCCCCCCAUCCUGGGUUGUUCCCUGCCUCGUGCCCAUUGCUUCCGGGAUAGGCUCCGGACCCCCCGCGACCCAAUAGGAUAAGCGGUUUGGAAAAUGGAUGGAUGGAUGGAUAAUGGAGCAUUAUAUCUAGGAGCAUGCACUGAUCACAGUGUGUUGCCGCACCCACCACACAACAAACCACGUCAGGGAUGAGAACCUGAGUGCAGCCAUGUGGGGGCGAUACUUCAGCACUGUAAAUUAGUCUGACUGGACCAGUGAGAGUUUUUUUUUUGCAGUGACUGGAGUGUCAAUCCUGCCGCCAGUCCUCAGGUUUUUCCUUGCAAGUUGGAGGACCUCCUUAUAGGGCUGGAUGUACAUUAACAUCAUACCCAGGACAAAAGCCAUUGAAGGUUAAGUACCUUGCUCAAGGGCCCAGCGGAGUGGAAUCACUCUAAGCAUUCACGAGAUUUGAACCAGCAACCUUCUGAUUGCUGGCACAGAUCCUUAGCCACCACUCCCCCAUAUUACUUAAAUAAGAUUUUAAAAAUAGUUUAGCAAGACUGAAGAAUGAUACCAGGUUUGCUUCUAUUACAUUUGUUUUAGAUUAGACCCAGGUAAUCAAGGAUAAUUAAGAACUCAGCAGCGUUGAACACCAGUGAGGUCUUCGAUUUCCCACCCCUAGCUUAGCUAUAUCAUGCAAUUUUACUAUUAAAUAUAUGUCAAAUUUGUAACAAAACUGCCUGCAACAUUAAUUGUCAACUGCUUUUAGAAACUUGUGACACUGGAAAUCCAUUAUAGUUUAAGCAUUCCUGGGGAAUCAGAAAAACCACAUACAGGAAUUAUUUAUUGUUUAAUAUCAGUAUCACUGGGAAUCAUUUAUUAUUCAAUAUUACUAAAAGACUAAUCACAUACUUUUCUGUCUGCAGUUGGAUUAUAUGUGUAUUUCAAUACCAGUUGCAUUGUAAAAUGUAGCUCCAAUCAUUAGGCUUUUUUUUCUUGUAUUAUUAUUCGUACAGAUGUUAUAAUACAGUCAAUGCAAUUUUAAUUCUUCUUAUGAAGAAGUAAAACGGUUAAUUCUAAAGGGUUUUAUUUUAUUUACAUCUUUUUUUCUUCACAAGUAUAGGAAAGCGUAUGCAUGUUAACAGGGUUUAUUACGAAAUAUAUGUCUUCUGGGAAGAUUAAAGAUUAGUGAUGUUAUUUCAUAGUGCUGAGGUUUUUUAAUUUUGGAUCUGCCUUUACAUGAAAUGUCGUACAAAAUAACAGUGAUGACCAGGAAAAUUAUAGCAGGACUAAAACUUAACUUUAAAUGAAUUCUGCUGGUAGCAGAGGCCUUAGUUUUAAUUACAAUUUGACUUGAAACUGAAUUUUAUGAGUGAGAUUUUGUUUUUGCUUUGACUUUCAAGAUCUUGACCUUGUAAAUACAAUUAAAUCAAUGGGUUGUGUACCAAGGUAAAAUGUUUAGAGUAUAAGAUAAUUCUAUUUUUGGAUGUGAUUAAAUACAAAUAAUCAUA